UGCGAACCCUUUUCUCAGGCCUGCCUUCGUCACAGCUUACAGCUGCUCUCUAUCGCUGACCAUCCCCUUAUCAUCGUUCCCCCUUGCCGCCCAGUUGAUCGUCGCUAUCCCUUGCCGCCGUCGAUUCACAAUCACAAACUCCGAUUGCUCGGUGCCGCCGUCGAUUCUGCUUGAAGGGGCGAGAGAGAAAGGGAAGAAGAAGAGAGAAGAAAAAGUUGCAGAGAGCAGAUGGAGAACGGUGGUGGCUCCAACGAAAUCCCCGAAAAUGCCAACGAACAUUGCCCAGGUCCCCAAUCAGAAUCUGCGGGGAAAUCCGAUGCCUGUGAAGGUUGCCCUAAUCAGCAAAUUUGUGCCACUGCUCCUAAGGGCCCUGACCCAGACUUGGUCUCAAUUGCAGAAAGAAUGGCUACGGUGAAACAUAAAAUACUUGUUCUAUCUGGGAAAGGCGGAGUUGGUAAGAGCACAUUCUCUGCUCAACUUGCCUUUGCCCUAGCUGCUAUGGACUUCCAGGUGGGUCUCCUUGAUAUUGAUAUAUGCGGCCCAAGCAUCCCGAAGAUGCUUGGUCUGGAAGGCCAGGAAAUCCACCAGAGUAACCUCGGAUGGUCUCCUGUCUAUGUUGAAUCCAACCUUGGGGUCAUGUCGAUCGGUUUCAUGCUGCCCAACCCAGACGAGGCUGUCAUAUGGAGAGGUCCACGGAAGAACGGGCUCAUCAAGCAAUUCCUAAAGGAUGUCUACUGGGGGGAGCUUGAUUUUCUAGUAGUAGAUGCCCCGCCUGGGACCUCAGACGAACACAUUUCAAUCGUUCAGUUUCUCCAGGCAACAGGGAUAGAUGGUGCAAUCGUCGUCACGACCCCACAACAGGUUUCUCUGAUCGACGUCAGGAAAGAAGUGAGUUUCUGCAAGAAAGUCGGACUAGAAGUUGUUGGCGUGGUGGAGAACAUGAGUGGCUUGUGCCAGCCGGUGUCUGACUUGAAAUUCAUGAGGGCGACAGAGACAGACGAACAGAGAGACGUCACGGAAUGGGCUAUGGGGUACCUGCGGGAGAAGGCACCAGAAAUGCUGGAUGUGCUCGCUUGGAGUGAGGUGUUCGAUUCCAGUGGUGGUGGGGCUGCAAAGAUGUGCUGCGAGAUGGGCGUGCCAUUCCUGGGGAAGGUGCCAUUGGAUCCCCGGCUGUGCAAGGCGGCGGAAGAAGGUCGAUCCUGCUUCGAGGACAAAAGAUGUGUGUCAAGUGCUCCUGCGCUGAAGAGGAUUAUAGAUAAACUGGUUGCUAAUGAAACGGCGUCUAGAAUGGAGAAGAAUGGUGCCUAGAGUUUUUUUCCCCUUUUUUCUGAGUUCACUUCCUUCCCUGAGUUUCAACUUUAAUGUUAGCUUAUAGCUAGCUAUAGCUUCCUUCUCUCUGUACUCUCUAUGUAUAUAUAUAUAUAGAGAGAGAGAGUAUUUGGUUGACAUAUAGGUUUGAUAUUUUGCCUUUUGCCUUUUGCUUUCGUUGUUGUCGGGAGUGAUUAUUAUAAUUUUGAUUAUUAUUGAGGCUUUUGAUGUUUUUGUUGCUUUUUCA